CGCCCGGAGAGGCGGCGGCAAGAUGGCGGCGCCCAUGGAGGUGGCCGUGUGUACGGACUCGACCGCCGCGCUCUGGAGCUGCGUCGUGUGGGAGCUACACUCGGGCGCUAACCUCCUGUCGUACCGCGGCGGCCAGGCGGGGCCCCGGGGCCUGGCGCUGCUCAACGGCGAGUACCUGCUGGCGGCGCAGCUGGGCAAGAACUACAUCAGCGCCUGGGAGUUGCAGCGCAAGGAUCAGCUCCAGCAGAAGAUUAUGUGUCCGGGGCCUGUCACCAGUCUGACCACAUCCCCCAACGGCCAGUACGUGUUGGCGGGCAUAGCUGAGAACAUCCACCUGUGGGAGGUCUGCACGGGGAACCUGCUGGUGAUUCUGAGCCGCCACUACCAGGACGUGACUUGCCUGAAGUUCACGGGGGACAGCAGCCACUUCGUGUCGGCGGGCAAGGACUGCCUGGCCCUGGUGUGGGACGUGUGCAGCGUGCUGCAGGUGGACCCCUCCCGGACCCCUGUCCCCCGCCACGUCUGGUCUCGCCACACCCUCCCCAUCACGGAUGUGCAUUGCGGCUGCGGGGGGCCCCUGGCAAGGGUGGCAACUUCCUCGCUGGACCAGACGGUGAAGCUAUGGGAGAUUUCCUCGGGGGACCUUCUCCUCUCUGUCUUCUUUGACGUGGCCAUCAUGGCCGUGACCUUGGACCUGGCGGAGCACCACAUGUUCUGCGGCGGCAGCGACAGCUCCAUCUUCCAGGUGGAUCUGUGCACAUGGCCUGGCCUGCGAGAGAAGAGCUUCCACCCGGACCAGGACGGCAAAGUCUUCAAAGGGCACAGGAACCAGGUGACGUGCCUGUCAGUGUCCGCGGACGGUUCCAUGCUCCUGUCCGGCUCACACGAUGAGACGGUGCGGCUCUGGGACGUGCAGAGCAAGCAGUGCACGCGCACGAUGACCCUGAAAGGGCCCGUGACCAACGCCUGCAUCGUGCUGGCCCCCGCCAGCAUGUUGAGCUCCGACUUCCGGCCCAGCCUGCCACUGCCUCACUUCAACAAGCACCUACUGGGCGCCGAGCACGGGGACGAUCAGCAGCAGGGCGGCCUCACGCUGCGCCUGGGGCUGCACCAGCAGGGCUCCGAACCCAGCUACCUGGAGCGCACCGAUAAGCUGCAGGCGGCCAUGUGCCACACCUUGGAGCAGAGCAUCGUGGGCGGCCAGGCCCACCUGCGGAUUCGCUUUACGGAGCUGGAGGACGAGGUGCGGAAUCUGCGCAAAAUCAACCGGGACCUGUUCGACUUCUCCACGCGCAUCAUCACCCGGCCGGCCAAGUGAGCGCCCCCUGGCGGCGCGGCCGGGCCCCGCGCCGAUGGACUUGGAGGCUUUUCCUUGGGGGCCACGGCCGGCAGCGUCCAGGGGACCGAGCGGUGCCGGCGCUCCCCCCGA